UCAGGCAGGGCAGGGAGGGGGAGUUGUGGAAUGGCGGACGGCCGGGCUGGCCCGCCCUGGUGGUAAGGAGCCGAGCGGGCCGAAGGGGACGAGCCGCGGACAGGGAGCAGUGCCUGAAGCAGGUCCACCAUGCCGUUAGUAACGAGGAACAUUGAGCCAAGGCACCUGUGCCGUCAGACGUUGCCUAGCGUUCGGAGCGAGCUGGAAUGCAUGACCAACAUCACCCUGGCAAAUGUCAUUCGACAGCUGGGCAGCCUGAGUAAAUUUGCAGAAGACAUAUUUGGAGAGUUGUUUACUCAAGCCAACACCUUUGCCUCUCGGGUGAGCAUUCUAGUCGAGAGAGUUGACCGCUUGCAAGUCAAAGUCACUCAGCUGGAUCCCAAAGAGGAGGAAGUCUCCCUGCAAGGCAUUAACACCAGGAAGGCCUUCAAAAGCUCCACUACUCAGGACCAGAAGCUCUUUGACAGGGAUUCUCUCCCUGUGCCUGUCCUUGAAACCUAUAGGACCUGCAAUACUCCUCCGCCUCUCAACAUCCUCUCACCUUACAGGGACGAUGGCAAGGAGGCACUUAAGUUCUACACUGAUCCUUCCUAUUUCUUCGACCUAUGGAAAGAGAAAAUGCUUCAGGACACAAAGGAUAUUAUGAAAGAGAAGCGGAAACACAGGAAAGAGAAGAAGGAGAAUCCGAACCGAGGGAAUGUGAAUCCACGAAAAAUCAAAACCCGGAAAGAAGAGUGGGAGAAGCUGAAAAUGGGACAAGAAUUUGUUGAGUCAAAGGACAAACACGGUCCUGCUGGGUACCCCUCUAACAUGGUGUAUCAGAACGGCAGCAUCGGUUCCAACGAAAGCAUGGACGUGAACUGCUACCCGCCACCGCCGCAGACUGACUCUAUUGUGCCACCACCUCCUUCAUUCCCAGAUGACAGCCUGCCUCCACCCCCGGUGGAAUUUAGCUAUCCCAUAGACAACCAAAGAGGUUCUGGUUCUGGAGGGACCAAACGAUCCAGCCUGGUCAGCCCCAGCCACCCACCACCAGCUCCUCCCAUUGGAUCCCCCUCAACCACCAGGCCGGGCUUUGCUCCCCCACCAGCGCCACCACCACCACCACCACUGAUGGGCAAUGUGCCCCCUCCACCACCUCCUAUGGGAUUCCCGUCACCGGGAACACCACCCCCACCCUCCCCCCCUUCUUUCCCUCCUCACCCCGAGUUUGCUGCCCCACCACCCCCAUCUCCCCCUCCAGCAGUCGAGUAUGCCAGCGUGCUGCCACCUCCGCUGCCGCAGGCGGGCAGUGGGAGCGCGCCGCCUCCCCCUCCACCACCACCGCCUCCUGGCCCACCCCCUCUAUCUUCUGGUGGCCUGGAUGGCCCCCCGCCUCCCCCUCCACCCUCAGACACCUCCACCUCCAAGCCCAAGUCAUCCUUGCCUGCGGUUAGCGAUGCCAGGAGUGAUCUGCUUUCAGCUAUUCGCCAGGGCUUCCAGCUUCGCAAGGUGGAGGAGCAGCGGGAGCAGGAGAAGCGGGACGUUGUGGGCAAUGAUGUGGCCACGAUCCUGUCGCGCCGCAUCGCUGUGGAGUACAGCGACUCUGAGGACGACUCUUCCGAGUUCGAUGAGGACGAAUGGUCGGAUUAACCAGAGCCCAGUCCCCUCCUUCCCCUUCUCUCCUAAGCUAACCGCCUCUUAAAGAAUCAGGUGGCCAAACCUUCCACCACUUCCCUUUUCAACCCGUAACCAAAGAUGUGCCAAGGGUUUUCAGAGAGCCAGCAGCAUAUCUCCCCUCUCCCUCCCCCUCCGGCUGUAGCUGUGCUUUGUGCUCUGCCUUUUCCAAAGGUCUCCUCGCAGACAGUGCCAAGGUGGUGUUGGGAUUUAGCUGGAGGGGGUGUAACGGUUGCUUAUUUAAAAGAGAGCUAAACCUCCAGCUUCUCGAUGCCACCAGGCAGAGCACAUCUAAACCCUCCGUCCGGAGGGAUUUUGAAAGUAAAGAUGGAUGAUCCUGGUGCGGCCGGAUGGCCUUUCAGAUGAAGGACAUUUUCAGCUGGUUUUCUCAUGGCAACGGCAGACAGUUGAUCUGAUGGCUCUCCCUUGCCAGUGAACACUGGUAGUGCUGCAAGAAAAUGGGCUCGAAAUGUCAGUUCUCUGCUGCAUCCCACUGUCAAAUCGUCAGGUUUUGGCAAUAGCGCACAAUGAUUUCCCCUCUCACCCCCAAGGAUGAAUUCCAGACUGCCCUGCUUGGGGUCUGCUUCCUCCUCCAGGGCUCUGGGGGCAAUGUGAGGAGGGAGUUCUUUAAUGGUAAAAGCUGCCUUUACCUUCCUGCAGCCUCCUGGCCUGCUUGGCCAAAGGAGACUUGCCCAAAGGGGAUGCAAAGCUGGGGCAGAACAGUUCCUCAGUCCCCACCUGUGGGAGAGCAGAGCCACUGUCCCUAUGGGACACAUCUGUGGUGAAACUGCUCUGUUGAUGCCUCCAGUUCACACUGAGGGUUUCAACUGGUGCCUCCAGCAGGGUAAUAGUGUGGGGGGAAGUUCUCUGAGCACCAGACACUUGGGCCAUCUUUGGCAAUGCUGCAGGCAGUUUGGAGAGGUGCUUUCCAAUGGGGUGACCAUGUACACGGGGACUUUAGGAGCUGGUAUUUCCUUGGCUUCCUCUUCCCUUACUCCAAAGGAGGGGGAUUUCUGUGCCUAAAACCAUCUUGUGUGGGAACUGAGUUGCCCAUCAGACCUAACCCACUUCGUUUCCUUUAAUUUUGUGAUUCUAAUUCAUUAGUUAAUUUUAAGCAGACAUUUCUCCUCCCCACUAACCCUGUGAAUUCCCAGGCUGCUCACUCCACAUCCAGGACUGGCAAGGGGAGAAAAUGGUGGACUUGACCUAGGUUUUGUUCCUGGUUUAUAUUCCCUUCCAUAGCAUAUAAGCCUAUCUUGGGAACGCAGAAACAAAUACCCCUGAUGCCACAGAUGUGUCUUGUAAUCUGAACAUGACUCUUUCAGUUGGGUUCAUGCCAGAAAGCAAUUCCAAAGCCUUUUGGAGAUCACGGGUCCAGCUGUGGUGGGGUGGGACCAGCUGCAUGUUCCUCCAGCCUCUUUGCCUUUCCUGCUGUCAAGUAUUGCCAGCCUGUGCCUGUUCCUUCUCCUCUGGUUUAAUGGUGUUGCUCAUACCUGGAAGGCCAGGCCCAGCCGGAGGCUGCCAGCUUGCUGCAAAUCCUUCUUGGGCUUUGACUGAUGCCUUCAGUUCGUGCCAUUGUGUUCUUCCUGAUGCCUUGUGUGCGUGUCUUUGCCAGAGCUUUUGUGGGGUGUGGAUCCAGCUGAGAUCCAGUGUGACCCUGAUUUAUAGGACUGCUAAAGCAGGAGCUUGUGCCUGUAAAGCCAGGCAGGAUGCGAAGGGCGUAGACUCCGAGGCAUCCCCAUGGGCUGGGAACAUGUGAGCAGCACCAGUUCCAGGUUCUGGAAGAGAGAACAAACCCCUCGGGUGCUGGUGAGAGAGACUUGGCAAUGGGAAGUGCUGAUUGCUGCAAGCUGGGUGAGGGGGGGGAGAGCAGAGCCUCUGCCUCUUGUUUUCCUGCUCUUCCCAUAAGCAUCCUCCUCUGGCUUCCCUUGGAGACAGGUUCCUGGGGAAAACAGACCUUUGAGCUAACCCAGGCUGACAGCAUUAGCACACAGGGAAGCGAGGAACUUGCCAAUGCCAAACCUGGCUUCAGUUUAAAUUGCCUUAACUAGAGCCUCAAUCCCUGUGGAGAUAGGGGGAGUGAGUAUUCCUGUCGUGGGAAAUCCAAGCAAGUGCCAUACUCUCCAUGGCCCAGAUGGAUGGGCUGUGAGGCAGGGCUGUGCCUCAGGGUGCUGGGGACACGGUUCCUGUUGCACAAGGCUGCUGUGUGGGCGAUCCAGUGGGAAGUUGGCUUCUCUGCCUGCUUCCCUUGCUUGCAGGGCUCUCCUGGCAGCAGGAGGGACACUGCUUUGUCCAUGCAGGCCUGCUGGUUACCAUCCUCUGCCUUCAGACCAGCAGAAUCAGACUGCAGGAGCUCAGCUGGGUUGUGGACAGGUAGGGAAGGCUCAUUGGUGGGGUUUAAAUCUGCUUUGAUUGCACAAGGAGCCUGAUGUGGUGAUCCCUGAGAAACAACUGCAUGAAAGCAGCUGCCUUUGAGGAGCAUUGCAAAAUGGGCCACCAAGUAAGCUGAAUAGUUCUGAAAGCAGUAGGGGAAGAGGAGAGGUGCCAAAAACAACCUUUGCAAGGCACAGCAGCUGUGCUGGAGCUGCAGGCCUGCUGCCCCAUGUCGACCAAGGGGCUGUGCUGGGCUCCCCUGCAAUCCAUGUCAUUCCAUGUGAGCCUCCUCCUUCCUUUCCCUGUGGCAGGCAAGCCUCAAGCAUUUCACAAAGCCAAAAGCAAGAGCUGGCAGUUGGAAUCCUCCCUCCUCUCUGCCUCCCCAGGAGGACCCCCUCUUUCCCAUGUCAUCCCAACCUGUAUCCAUACGGAUCUGCAGAGCCGGAGCAGCCGUUCUCCAUCCCGCUUGCUGCGGGUUGCAGGCUGGGGCAGGCUCCUGCUGCCUUCCCCUUCCCGAUCCCUGCUCCUGGUUAACCAUUCUCCCGGUGUCCUCGCCCGCAGUGCUUGGCUGCUGCUCCCAGCAGCCUCUUCCCCCUCCACCCCCCUUCCCAGGGAAAACCUCAUCCCGGCUCCACGGGCUCAGCCUGGAGCCUCCGCAGCCGGUGACCUUCACUGCCUUCUCCUCUCCUUAUCAGGCUCCAAGCCCCAGAGCAGAGCCAGGAAAGGGGCUCCUGGGGUCCCACAUGGACCAGAAACCAGGGAACGUUGUUCCAGGGAAGGGAUGUGUUGGUCCCUAUUAUUAUUCAAUCCAUGAACUUCCUGAAGGUGCCUCCUUGGGAAUUACCUGUCCUUG